CGCGAUUUUCUUCAUCAUUUGGUGUCAAGCUGCUGUUGAAAAAUGAAGCUUUUCCGCAAGUGCUCCCGAGCCAAUCGCUGCCAGCCAUUUCUGGUGCUGGUUCUGGCAAUUUGCGCCAGCCGAAUUUCUCCCGCAUGGACACAGUCAUGGGGCACUCCCCAGCAGCAACCCGGCGGCGGUCAGUAUCCUCCCCAACAGCAACCUCCACAGAUUCCGCUGCAACAGCCAGGAAUGCCCCCUCAGCAACAACCAGGAGGUCAGUAUAAUCCUCCGCAGCAACAACCUGGAGGACAGUACCCACCAAGCCAACAACCAGGAGGCCAAUAUCUUCCACCUCAACAACCAGGAGGCCAAUAUCCGCCACCCCAACAACCUGGAAUACCCCCUCAAGGAAGUAAUCCCCAAGAUGGCUACUACAUAAUCCCCCAGCCGCAGGGAAGUCCCCAAGUCUAUCCCACCAUGGGACCCCCAACCAUGAGCCCCACGCCAACACCACCAACCGGAACGGGUGGCAAAAACUUUGACGAUUUCCAAACGGAGUGUACCGCCCAGUCUCGACUCAUCGGAAGCAUCAACGCCCAGUGGAACGAUGCUCCGUAUAUGGCUUCGCUACGGGACCUCAAAAGCGACCGUCACCACAACUAUGGUUUGGGCCACUUCUGUGGCGGAAUCAUCAUUCAUCCGUACAUGGUGCUGACGGCGGCCUCCUGCAUCGUAAACCGUUUGGAGUCCGACAUUGGCGUCGUCGUGGGAACGCUCAAUCGGCGAAAGCAGGCCACGUGGUCGCAGUUGCUGUUCGUCCAGAAAAUGGUCUCCCAUCCGUCGUACACGUUCCAGGCCGGAGGUCACGACAUUGGGCUGCUCUUGCUGAGGACGGCCGUUUUUCUUGGCUCGAAGGUGGCGAUCGCUCCGCUGGCAUACAAGGACCCUCGGUCCGAAACCGACUGCACCCUGUACGGAUGGGGAGAGACGACGGCUCAGGGACAGCUGAUCUCGGACUGUCUGCGCAAGGCCACGGUGAAAGUGCAGAACCUGGAAGAAUGCAAGCAAAGGUUCCUGGCGAUAAACAUUAAGCUUCCGCCGUCGGUGUUCUGCGCCGGACAUUUCGGAGGUGGUCCGGAUGCCUGCCAGGGCGAUAUCGGUGGUCCGGCAGUCUGCGAGGGCAACGUGCAUGGAGUGAUUGGCAACAAAGUUGGCUGCGGGGCACAGUCCGCUGGCAAGAUCUACACCAACGUUUACAGCUUCCGCACCUGGAUUGACUACACCAUGAACAGUCUGAAGCAGGAGUUCAAGAACCUUUACCCCGAGGGCGCCCUGAAUUCUAUGAGGAGUGGUGCCGUACUUCGCGAUGAUGCACCGGCGGCGGCCGAGACACCGGCAACAGCCGGCGUGGCUUCAAAGUGUGUGUCGGUUGGACUGGCACUCGCUACCGGGUUGACCCUAUUGCUAGCCUAAAUUUUGUAAUUAUUAGAU